UUUGGACUCAAUUUCUUCAGUUUUUAUCAGCUUUGACUACUCGAAUAUAUCGAUCGUCUUUUUAAGCUCUUGAGAGAGUAGAUCUGGUUAUCAGAUGCUCGGAUAGUGAAAAAAGUGUGAAUUUUGUGAGGUAUUUUACUCGGUUGGUAGCGAUCAGAUGUUAAAUUCACGUAGGAUAAUUGUUUUGCGUUUGACACUAAAAACUAUAGCCAUUUUUAGCUACAGAUGUUUUGGAUCCUUGAUUUCAGUAUAAGUAAGGUGUGAAUGAAAAUUGAUCAGAGAUUCCGAUUGAGAGAACAAUACAGAGUUCACAGAUAUCCUGUUAUUUUGUCUCUUUUCGGUUUGAUAAUGAAGGCGAAUUGCAGUGAAAUUGUAUAAAGAGAUGCAGGUAAUUUCGAUCUGAAAAACAAGGAACCAUGGCUCUUGUAUCCGGAGGAAAGUCUUCACUGAAUCCCUAUGCCCCGCUGUUCAUCCCGGCGGCAGUGCAGCAAGUGGAGGACUUCUCACCCGAGUGGUGGAACCUCGUUACCACCGCCACAUGGUUCAAGGACUACUGGCUGAACCAGCAUCAGGGGGAGGACAUCUUUGGGGAGGAGACCGAUGGCAACGACGUCGUUGGAUUGUUGCCCGAUAACUUUGACCUUGGUAUUGAUGAGGACACCCUAAACAUGGAAGCACAGUAUGAGGAAUUCCUCCAGUCUGCUGAGGGCCAAAACUACCAUGAAAGCAAGGCUGCCAUAGGAAUCACUGAUAGUGGUUUGAGCAAGAAUGCGACGCUGGUGAAGACUCUGAGCAUGCCGAAGGAGAGAGGCUACUUGUCGCCACGAGAGGUGAUGAAGUGGGAGAAGCCUGCAAAGAUUGUGAGCCCAAGGUGCAGCCCUCGAUUCAUCCAGCAACCUCGUUGAGAUCCAAGGUUGGAUUAGGUUGCUAGCUCUCUACAAAAAUCUGCAGCAGUGUUUGUUUUUCGUGUAGCUUUUUUUAUGUAUAGAGCAAGGUUUGGCUGUGUCUUUGUACUUGUAGCCUUGUUCAUAUCCUGACGUCCCUUGUUUAGCUUUGACUAUAAUGAAAAUGUAAAAAAGAAUGGAACAGAUAUUGUAAGAGCUCUACUUAUAUGAAGAAAAGUAAUUCCAAAAA